GACCUUUAACGUAACGUCUCUUAAUGCAUGUAUAAAUAUGCUCCUACGUCCAAGCAACUCUCAACCCAAGGAGACAGAUUUUUACAUUACAGCAUGGUAUGCUUCUGCUUUCUCGUUGAUCAGACCCGGAAAGUGCGGAGAAGCAAGCCGGCGGCAGGGACUUGCUCACGGUGCGGCGGUGGAGCCAGCGUAGCCGACAUGAAAACUAGUACCAGAUUUUGUUGUGUACCAUUUUACUGUAAGUCUUGGAGAGCCAUUAUAUGCACUUUCUGUGGAGCCAUUCUUCGAUCUUACCGUUAAAUUGCAUCUUUUUUUUUCCAGGUCUCUUUUGAGAAGAAACUGGAAGUUUAGUUUGUAAAUAAUGAGAAUAAUAUAAGUUUUAGUUUAGCAUAACAACUCUUAUAUCA